AUGUCAAUUCACGACGCUGAAUUCCGCAGACCGAUCCUCUACCUGGACACUCAAUAUCGCGCCCACCUCUACCCUGACACGACUACCACACGCAGCCUGUUUAAGCAGUCGGCAGCAAAUUACUACAUGCUCAUUGCUAAUCGCUCAUCGAACGCCGUUGUUGGCUACAGCUUUGCAAAGUCAGAUGCGAGUGAAGGACCAAAGGCGCAGCCAGUGUGGAGUUUCCAGCUGCCAAUCACCGGCACGCCUCAAAUACUCAAUCUAAUGGUCACUUUCAAGCGCGCCAAUGAGCACGUUCACUCGCAAGGUCGUGUUCUGGGCGAUCGGAACGUUCUGUACAAGUACCUUAAUCCCAAUUUGGUGUCUAUCGUCUGGGAGUCAAUUGACUCGCAGGAGAAACCUCUUAUCACUCUCUACCUGCUUGAUGCGUAUUCGUAUUUCAAUGAAAAGAUGCGUAGAAAUGAGAUUUCUUCUAUUGAGUUGUACGAAGGAUUUGAGCAGGUUAACGCUACGGCUUUCAGCUCUAUUGGUCGUGACCUACUGGCGCUGCCGAUUGUCGAACAGGCGAGCUUCAUUUUCCCGACUGGCAUCGGCCUGAUGACCGACACUGAAACCCAGAAGGGCAUCACCAAUAAGCAUAUUCUCAUUUCAUUGCCGACCGGUGGCCUGUUGGAGCUGCCCCGAGCGUUCCUCGAUCCACGGCGCCCGAUCAAGCCGACACAGGAGCACGCCGAAGAGGGCUUGAUUCCCUAUGUACCAGAGUUGCCCAUUCCGUCUGAAGCACUGAUCAACUACAACAAGACCAUUUUCGGCGUUCGCGGCAUUCAAACUGGACCAACCUCGCUUGAGUCGACCUCACUAGUCUUUGCUUAUGGGCUAGACAUCUUCUAUGCCCGCAUCACUCCUUCCAAGACAUUUGACAUUCUCAAGGACGACUUUGAUUUCCUUCUCAUUGCUGCUGUCCUCAUUGCACUCAUAACAUUCAGCUACUUAGCAAAGGCACUUGCUGCACGAAAAUCACUCAACGCUGCGUGGAAGUAG